AUCAGUGGUAACAAGAGGCCUUUUCCUUCUGCUGUCCCUCCCUCGUCCACUGGGGAGGGUGUUCUGACCCCCUCACACCUCGGGGCCCCUCCACCCAAGAUGGCGCGAUCCCUCCCUCCUCCCCUCCUGCCCGAUCAAGGUUUGCCAGUCUGUUCCUGCUCUCCGUUUGAGUGCUGCUGCCUCCCCCACCCCCCACUACCCCCAGAUGACGUCUGUACCCCCGCCCCGCCCCCCUCAGCCCUUCCCAGCCAAUCAGCUCGAAGCAUUCCCACAACACUGCUCUGAUUGGUCUGUAGGAGCCAAUCAGCAUGCGAGGAGCGACUACUUGCUUCCUGAUUCGUGGGUUUCUCAAGGGAGUGUGGAAGUGAAUGCCUGGCUGGACCUGACCUCUCAUGACCCCUUGAGGUACCCCGGCAGCAGCGUGACCCAGUGUGUGGCCCCGGGGGAAGCUAAGAGUGACGUGAUCUUUGGCGGUGACCAGAAGAGUGACGCGGUGUUCAAUGGCAGUUUGAAAAGUGAAAUGGAGAGUCUGUUCUCCUUGGAAACAGCACUGCAACCUCAAGAUAUUUUUGCCCUUGACGCCCCAAAGUGCAGGAACUCUGACCUCACCACAGCGACGGAGGCUCAGCACUUGUUUACUGCUAGGUACAGCCUUCCUAAUGCUGCUGCUGCUGCUGCUGCUGCUGACUGCCAUACAAGGGUUAAGACUCCUGCUGAGGGCGUCAUAUCAGAGGCUGACCUCACCACAGGAACGGCUCAGCACUUGUUUACCGCUAGAUAUAGUGCUCCUAAUGCUGCUGCUGCUGCUGCUGACUGCCAUACAAGGGUUAAGACUCCUGCUGAGGGCGUGCUGACAGACACUGCUGCCUACACGUCCAAUGGUGUAGCCUCAGCACGCACACCAUCAGCUCUCAACACACUGGACUCAGCGGAAAUGGGACAAGGCAGCCUGAGUCGUUCACCAGAGGCAGCACACACCAGCCUGCGGUCUUUACAUUCCCCAGCGCCGCCUCUGACCUCAGCAGCCGCAGUGCAAAGCUUUCCUUCAGGAGGUGCGGGAAUUUCGCCUCACAGGAGCGUCAACUCAGCAGCAGUAGACCCAGGCAGCAGAGGAGAGUCAGGAAACACAUCUAUUUCCCCGCUCACAUCAGCACACGCACCGUCUCCCCUUGCUAGUCUGGACUCACCAAACGUCGGGUCAACAUCGCGACCAGAGCAGUUCAUGGCGUCGGUGAAGGAGUCAGCGUACCCGGCAAACACAGCGCAGUGCAUGAACGCAGCAGCAUUGCCAGAGUCAGCAGCGAGGAGACUGAUUCAGUGUCUGGACGAUAUCAUGACAGAGUGUGACUUCCUGGACGAUGACGAGAGAAGAUAUGCUCUGGAAAUACCUGGAAGACACACCGAGGAGUCGUCUCGUAAGGAAAUGUACCUGGAAACACAAGCUGACGGGGGUAACAGCACCACACCUCCCCCAACACUACUUGACCUGGGAACUGGCGCUCUUUUCCCUCCACCUCAUCCACCUCACCCACCUCAUCCACCUCCUGGCUUCAGCACAGAGCAUCCCUACUAUUACGACUCCUACGGGCCGGCUAGAGACGCGGGGAGUCAAGGAUAUGAUGUCACUAUCUACACCUCUUCCUUCUGCUUAACUGAUCAGCACAAACUGGAAGACUCCUUAGUGCAGACUGUGGUGCACGGGACGCACUCGAACACCGUCAGUUGAGGGAGACAAGACUGUGUGUGUGUGUGUGUGUGUGUGUGUGUGUGUGUGUGUGUGUGUGUGUGUGUGUGUGUGUGUGUGUGUGUGUGUGUGUGUGUGUUUGAAAAAUGGUUCAGUCUGGUUUGUGAGACUUGAAUCAGCAUCAGAUUUCAAGAAACGCGUGUGAGAGAGAGAGAGAGA